AUGCCACAUGCCACAGCACAUGCCACGGACCACUUCACGUCCCUUCCGUUCACGGGCCGCCUGUUGGUCUCGUCGCGGCCCGUCGCCCCGACGAGUUCGGGGAGCAUCGGUUGGGCGAUGAAAGCAGAGUGCGAUCUCAGCGAACAGCUCCACAAGGGCCGCAAUGUAGGACAACCACUUCUUUGGUCGGUCCUCAUCACCUUGCUUUGUGCACACCUUGCAGUGAACGAAGAUCCAGCGGCGAGCGGUGCCAAUACCUCCCGCUGUUUCCAACGUUAUUAUUGCGCCUUUAUCGGCAUCAGCAUGCUUUGCAACCACUUGGAGGGUCACGGGAAGUUCUACCGCUGGUUUUACAGCUCUGGAAUCGAACCCUCCAAGAAGCGGGGCCUGGGCCAUGCGGGGAAGAAGUUCUAUGGCUUGAUCUCUGCGCCCUUCUUGACGCCCAAACAGCACGAGAUGGCAGCUUUGGUGACCAUCAUGAGCUUGUUCAUCUCCUGUGGCCCUUGGGCCCCCCGCUUCUUCCUCUUCGUCGCAUACUUCGGGUGGUUCUUCUACUACUCCCAGCUCUUCUGUGCCACCAAAGCCGGUGGGCACGGAACCACCUUGGUGCCAGGCACCUUGCUGAUGUUGGCCUUGAGCCCAUUGAACGAAGCCACCCGUGAGGGCCAUGACCUCGUGUGGCCCGUUGAAUUCAUCAAGCUGCAGAUUGCUGCGAUGUAUUGUGGCUCCGGACUGUGCAAGUUGGGCGGGGCCUUCGCUUUUCGUCGCAUUUGGAGUGGGACUACCCUGCAAGCCUACACCUUCGAUUCCAUGUGGUCUCGUCCAGGCGGUGAGAUCACCUGGGCGUUGCAAGCCUUUGCGGUCCGAUCCCCUCGAUUGUUGAUCCCGGCAGCUGUGGGAGCUCUCUUCUUUGAGGUCGCUUUUCCUUUUGCCCUGACCUCGUAUAGCGCCGGGCUCUUCUUCACCGCCUUGGGCCUUUCGUUUCACACAGGAAUCUACUUUUUGCAAGGUUUCGACUUCUUGUCUCAGUGGUGUCCGGUCUAUUUCCUCUUUGCACUUCACAAGGACGCGUCGAUUCAAAGCACCAUGAUGUCGCUAGAGGGUGGCUUUGAUGCGUUGAUCCACUUGGAAUUCUCAGGCUUUCUGGUGGCCUACUUGUACACGAUGAUUUCCAUCAUGGUGUCCUUGGUCAUGCUGGAUGUGUGGUACGGCGAAGUCCUACCUUGGUCUUGUUGUCCCAUGUUCCUGGUCCCGCGAAACCUCUUCAGCCAAGACAUGCCCCGUUGGUGGACGAUGACGGGACGCCCCGACCAAAGGGACGCGGGCUAUAUGGACCCCUUGAUGUACUCGCCAGUCAGCACCAAGCACUACAUGCCUGAGGAGGAUUUGCAGAAGUAUCCGUACAAGGUGCUGCAGUUCGGAUCGUUGAGUCAAGUGCCCAAAGAGUUGCAGAAGUUCGUCCUGCCCCAAUAUCUCGGACAUCCGGUGGACGACAUUUUGUGCUUCUCGAACUUCCCGAUCACCGCGGAGCUGCGGGAGGCUCUCACGGAGAUGGUGCGUUUGACCUUCUCCUAUUCUGAGGAAGAUACCUUUAAUUCGGAGGCGCUGGGACGGCUUGUAGAACAACAACGGCGCUGCCGCUACUUCUUUGAGGAGGCCGAGUUCAAGGCUAAGUGGACUUAACGAUCUUUGCGGAACGGCGUAAAGAAGGAG